AUGUCAACCGCAACCCCAGCGAACAUGCUCAUCACGAGCCUCUUCGCCAUCUCUCUGCCCCUUUAUACCGCUUACCAUUCCUACAAAUUCGAUGGGAUGAGGUGUCUAGUCCCUUCCCGGAAAAACGGGGUUCGGACGGGGAUGGUCUGGUUGAUCAUGCUCUGUGAUUUCUGUUUCCUCGUCUGGGGAGUCACAUUCGCCUGGUUAAAGUUACCGGAACCAUGGGGAUUCGUCCCGACCCCUAUCACGCUCUGGCCGAAGAGCGAGGAUUCGUUCGUAAAGGCUUGCAACGUCUGUAUCGUUGUGGCUUUCGUGCUUUAUGACGCGGUCAACUUGGAAGAGACUCUCUACUGGAUCUUCCUCCUCCGAUCGAUGAAGAAAUCCCGUUCGACGCGUACUCAACGACUCGCCCGAUGGCUCAAUUCCCGAGUCUUCUGGAUCUGGUUGGCGUUAUCGAUCGUCUCCGCUACAGCGCACAUCACGAUCCCCUUUGCCCCGGGUUCGAACAACAAUGAGGCAGCGAGGAGGAUCUUCUUGUUCGAGGGGGCGAGCGCGACCAUGAACGUCGUCUUGAGUAUCAUUUUGGGGUAUUAUCUACCUGGUUUCAUCAAGCAGGUGGCGGAUCAUGGAGGAAGUUCCGACGUUCUGUCCAAAUUGACAUUUUUCCAGGAGAUGAACAAGCUCCGCCUGGUCUUGCGUUUCUUCUUUGCGGCGGGACUCAUCACCAUCGGAGUAGACGUCUCCACAAAAGAGUUCCGUGUAACCAGGAAUCGCUUUGCCAAUGACUUUGUCUUUAUCACCUUGGUCAUGACCUUUUGGCUGAGCAACGUCAUCUCACUCAUGCUCUACCUCCCCGUCAGCUGGCACAAGGCCGACGGGGCAACGAACGGCAUGAUGAUCCGGCGCAGAGCGACCGGUGCCGAUCUCGGACCUCAUGCCCGUCGACGGUCUUUCCAAGUCGGGUCCGGUGGGGGUGGAAAGGAGGAUCACAAAGCCCACGAUGAUCUCGACGGGGACGCUUCCCAGUUGAUGACCCAGCACAGUAUGGAGCACCGUACGCUCGUCACCCUCUUAAGAGAGCGAGGUACCAUCCUGGACCACGAACGUGUACCGGAAGACGCCUUAUUCUACGACAACCCCGUCAGGGACGACCGGGGGGCGUCUUCGACUACCGCUACAACCCCCAAAGAGACAAGGGUUGGGAGGUACGAUCAUAACGACGACGAGGAAACGGGAUACGGGUUCGGUUCUCCAUCCUCGGCGUACCCCACGGAGACGUCGACGGUACCUUAUGGAUUCAGCUCCCCAGCCCCCCCUAGCACGUCUGCGAAACGCCAGAGUAGCUAUUCCGAAAAGAUCUUUGGCUCGAAACUACCUUCCGCCAUCUCGAGGUUCGCUGGUCCAUUCGCUGGAGUCCCGGUAGAACCAACCACACCUCAAGAGGUCGUUAUCCAGGUAUCCAAAGAGGUGGAGGUCACUCAUGAUCGUCACCACGAACCCGCUCGAGGUCCCGGUUCGUACCCUCCAGGCAGGAUCUGAGAGGGAUCCACAAGGAUUUAUUCCGACGUAUCAGGUAGUUAGAGGAUUCUUGUAGAGGUUGUCAUAGUAGAAUUGCCAUGGAUGAUCAAGUCAAGGUUCAGGUCGAUCACUUGCUAGUUUCUCUUCACCCGCAACCCGUCAUCGUCUCCCCGGUUCCUGCCCUCAGUAGCAUGCCUGUCCAUCGUAGCUACAGUGGGAGCACAUUCAGCUCUGCACGUCACCUUGGUAUGCGGUCCUCCCGUUUCUGCCCUGUCGAGAGAGAGUUGGACAUCCGGAACAGGUUCCUUCCUUUGUAGACGGCCCAAGUUGCCAUUAUUAUUCAGCAUUGUAUUCGCUCUUGACUUGAUCUGAUCCUGUAUGUCGGUCGAGGUAGGUCUAAUUCCAAGAUGCAGACGGUGGUAUGUAAAGUUCGAUUCGAGACGGAUAGGUUGCGGGCGAGGAAAUGGCAAGUGCUGAGAAGUAGA